AUGGUGGAUUCACCACCCAAAAAAAGAGCUUUGAAUACUACUGACGAUAAAAAAGAAAAGAAAACCAUGGUUAGCAAAAAAGGUAACCCAGCUGAAACUGUUGAAGACGUCGAGGAAAGUCUGGAUAAUGUAACUGGGGACAAGAAGGGUGAAUCACUGAAAAAGGAUAAAAGAAAGAAAAAAGAAAAAAAGAACAAAGAAAAUGACAUCGAUAAAAUUAAUGAGGAAGAGGAAGAAGAUGAAGGAAAUGAUGAUGAAAAUUUAAAAAAAUUUGGAGUCGACACGAGUGAAAAUGAAGACGACGAUGAUGAGGAUGAUGAUGACGAUGAUGACGAGGAUGAUGAUGACGAUGAUGACGACGAUGACGACGAUGAUGACGACGACGAUGAGGAUGAUGAUGAUGAGGACGAUGACGACGACGACGAUGAUGAUGAUGACGAAGAUGAAGACGAUGAGGACGACGAGGAAGACGACGACGACGAUGAGGAUGAUGAUGAGGACGAUGAUGAUGACGAUGAUGACGACGAUGAGGAUUUUGAGGAUAUGGAUGAAGAUGAUGAUGAUGAGGAUGACGAUGAAGAUGACGAAGAUGAUGAGGAUGAGGACGAGGAUGAAGACGAUGAGGAUGAGGACGACGAGGACAUGGGCGGAGACUCUAAAAAGGAGGGUGAUUCGCACGCAAAGAAGGACAGUGACGACGAGGCAUUCGAUUAA